AACAGAAAAGGAGGAGGCGCAGCAUCAUCUGCUGCGAGCGGAGGAAAAAACAGCAGAUGCGAUCGACCUUCGUUUCAUCCAGACCUGCUUCUGAUGGUGAAAACCGGCCGUUUGUAAAUAUUAAACAUCGAUAAAACUACAUCCAGCGGUUUUUUUUUUGUAAAUCUCAAUCGGCUACAUGAAGUUCGUCGUGGUUUUAGUCUCCGCCGGCCUCUUGGCGUUUCUCGGCGCGGUCAUCUGCAUCAUCGCCAGCGUGUAUUCACGAUCCUCGGCCGCCGCGCCCCAGGCGCUAUCCGGCAACCGCUCACUGUCGCUCCUGGAGCCGCUGCCUGGAUCCGUAGCGCAUGCCGGGCCGCUCGGAGCUCUCCAUGGUGCUGAAUCUUAUGAAGGCGGCGGAUUGGACAUCGGCCUGGAGAUGCCGUCGUUCAAUGAGCUCAGUACCGGGGACGUGACUGGGCCAAGUCCGAAACAGUUCACCCUCAAUCGACUCAUUUGUACCCCUGUGCCCAUCAGUGAUUGUAAAUCCAGGGGUUUGAGACAACAAGCCGAUGACCCGUUUACAGAUGAGGAGGACUGGAGCCUCCGCACCACCGCUGAGGAGCUCCGGCAGAUCGUCAUGCAGCAAAACGACCAGAUCCUCAUGGACCAGAGGACCAUCACGGAGCUCACCGGGAAACUCUCGGAGUGUGAGAGCGGACUGGAGGAAAGGAGUCUGCACGAGAGGAGUAUGGGGGUUUGGGCAGGCAACCGUCGCCACAUGGCUGGGGACGAUGUGAGCAGCUCGGUUGCAGUGCAGCUGCAGACGGCGCGGGCUGUGGAGGAACUGGAGAAAGCAAUUCUUCAACUCAAAGAUCGCAUAGAGAAGUUGGAGUUGGAGAUAGGCCCGGCAGCGAUGAACCACACUGAGCGUACUGUGAGCACACUGGGGAGUGUAGUGGUGGGUGAGCCUGGCAGGCCUGUGGAGGAUCUGGAGGGAGAGCUGGAAAAAAAGAUUAGGCUGCUGGAGAAGGAGAGAAAGAACCUCCGGAAAGAGACCCAGAGCCACCACCAGCACAUAGACCAGGGAAUCAACACCCUGCAAGAGCGUAUUGCAGAGCUGGAACAGAGUCUUACAGAUUACAGUUACCCACAAGGGUAUAAACUUUCCUUCCCUGUGCGAACUAACUACAUGUACGGGCUUGUCCGGAGGAAUAUUCCAGAGAUGUACGCCUUCACGGCAUGUCUGUGGCUCAAGCCUGCUGAGAGUGGAAUUGGGACGCCAUUUUCCUAUGCUGUACCGGAACAACCCAAUGAACUUGUCCUGUUGCAGGGCAUUCAUAAUCCAGCAGAACUACUCAUCAAUGAUAAGGUGGCACAGCUGCCUCUAUCUUUGCCCCAGGACAUCUGGCAGCACAUAUGUGUGAGUUGGACCCUACGGGAUGGAGUUUGGAAAGCAUAUCAAGGUGGAAAGUUGAGAGGACGGGGUGAAGGUUUGUCCGCAUGGCACCCAAUCAAAUCCGGGGGCGUCUUGGUGUUGGGACAGGAACAGGAUACCCUUGGUGGGCGGUUUGAUGCAUCCCAGGCCCUUGUUGGGGAGCUUUCGUUAUUUAACCUGUGGGACCGAGUGUUAUCGCCAACAGAGGUUGCUGCUUUGGCGGCAUGUGCAGAGUCGCCCCACUUGGGGAACAUAGUGCCCUGGACGGACCGAGAUGUGGACGUGUUUGGAGGGGCUGUCAAGGACCCUGUGGACCCCUGCCUUCAGAGCUCCCAUCCCCGGCAGUGAGCAGGGCCAUGGGUUGAUACCUUUCUUUUUUUGAGGCGAGGGUAAAUGAGACAAAAAUGGCCUGAGAGGUAUGACAGCUGUGCUGUGGUCCCGGUCUGUGUAUAGAAUAUAUGUACCGUAGAGCUACACUCUCACUGAGUGUUUGUUUCUGCAGGGAAGGAAUUUGUCUGUGUGUGUGGUUGUGUCACUUCGGAUAGAGCUGCUGCCGAAUGCUUUUAAAGGCCUGUUUGCAUCUCGUGUUGCUUGUGUUAUUUCAUGCCCUUCUUCUGAAAGCAUUACCGCACAAUGGUCCCUUCAGAUAUAGAGAAUGUUUUUGUAAUACGAUGGAUGUGGCUCAUUCUCACAGCACUUGUCUUGCUCUUGUUUCAUUAUUUGUGUAAAGUGGAGCUUUCGCUUUUUUCCCAGAGCAGCUUUUUCCUUUCUUGUUUUUAUUACCGAUCCCUUAGGGUCACUUCACUUGUUAUUUCAGUCCGGCAGCACUUAAAGGUGUAUAACGUCUUAUCUUUAUUAUAACAUGUUUACAUUUUUUGUCUUUUGGCAUCUGGUCAAAUGGGUCUUUACCCUGCUGUGUAUCUUUUCUCACAGAUUCAGCAAGAUCCAAAAAAAAAUUUAAACCAAAAUGUGUUAUUUCAAGCUUAGUAUCUUAAACAUCAGACUAAAUUUUGAAGAUCUGAUGUACAGCCCACACACUAUGAAAAUAUGAAUGUAAAACAGUGUUUAGCAUCUUGUCGUGUUACCAUUGCACUGCAUCUAGCCCUACUUGCCCUUUCACAGAGAAAAGCUUAUGGAGAAGUGCCUGUCUGUUUAUUUGACUCUUGCUAUUGGUUGAUGAUCAGCUGUGAUGUCAGUAUAGUGCUUCUUCAUAUUUGCACCACCAAGGAUCUACAAUGAUAUUGUGACAAAUGUGGAUGAAAAUAUUAAAACU